AUGGGCUCUGAGAACAAAAGGGAGUGGCAUCACCACUUGAGAAGCGCAUUGUGGGCAGACCGGAUAACGCCCAAACAGAUCCUAAAGAACUCUUCAUACAAGCCGGUCUAUGACAAGGACACAUUAUUCCCCAUGUCUUUGGAGAUCCCCGCCUUACAAUUACUCAAAUCUAUCGAGGAGGCAGAAAAUGGUCCCAUGGAGGCGAGAUUGGCAAAAAUCAGGGAACUAGAGGAAGCAAGGGAGGUGACUUUUUUAUCCCUUCAAAACCGUCAGCAAACCGUCAAGUGGUGGUUUGAUAAUAAGAAAAGUUCUGACUCAGGAUUCAAGCAAGGUGACCUUGUUUUGAAAUACAAUGAGAGGGCAACCAAGCCCGAUCGACAUGCUAAAUUUGAUGGUUUAUGGGAGGGACCCUUCCACAUUAUUAAUUGCAAAGGUUUCAAUGCUUUUGAUCUCGAGGAUAUGCAGGGAGAUUCUCUCGGAAUCCGGGUCAAAGGGUUCCAUCUUAAACUUUUUCACUAG